AUGACACAAGCACGGACAGCGUACGAGGCUCUAUGCCAGCCAUCAGAGCGCGCAAAAUACGACAACGAGUAUGCAAAUAUCAGAGCUGCAUGGUUUCGUUACCGGAAGUGGACUGAGUGGCAAAGGGUAGAAGACACGACGGUAGGGAGAGGGGACAGCAUGCUCCGCAACAAGCUCACGAGCUACUCGCAGAAGUUCAUGGACAAGAUGAAGGAGCGCAGGACGCAGCAAUCGACGGUGUUCGUGGGCGGUACGCCUCGGAACGAGGGGCACAAGGAAGUUUCAGACGCCGCAGAAGAGUACGAGAAAGACCGCAGCCGGCAAGCGUGGUCAGAGACUUCAUGUGCCACAGAUAUGGAAGCAAAGUCUACAGACAAGACGAUUCGCAUCCACAGAAGCGUCUCUGUCCCAAGACCCACCAUCACUGGCAAGGCUGGUGGCCAGAAAUGA